CACCUGCUGACGGCGGCCAGCGGCGUCAUCACAGACGGGCCCGGCCAGCACCGCAACGACACGUACUGCCAGUGGAUCAUCCACCCAAACGAAACCCUCGGCCGCUAUGUCACGCUGACAUUCGAAGAGUUGGAGACAGAAUGCUCGUACGACCAGGUUUUCGUGUAUGACGGCAUCGCACCCAACACCACACUGCUGGGCAGCUUCAGCGGCAAGGGCAAGAGCGUCCCUCUACCUCUGGUCGCCUCCUCCGGAAAAAUGACGGUGCUGUUCUUCUCCGACACCAACUACGUGAUGGAGGGGUUCCGGGCGCACUACGCGGUGACGGCGUGCCCGGCCGACUGUUCGGGGGUGGGCCGCUGCGAGGCCGGCAACCGCUGGCACGUGCUGGACGACGCGCCGCACCUCGGUCGCGCCAGGCACGCCGCCGUCUUUUUCCCGGCGCUGGACCGGUACGUGGUGUUCGGCGGUUACGAUCUGAACCGCGUGCUGGACGAUGUGGCCGCGUACGACCUGGCGACGAGCGCCUGGACGCGCCGGACCGCGGACGAGGCGUGCGGGCCGCCUCCCCGGGCCGAUGACCCGAGCCUGCAGCUGGUCGGGCACAGCACGCUGUACCACGCGGAGGCGGACUCGCUGCUGGUGUACGGCGGCCUGGCCGUGGACGUGGUGCGCUUCCCCAUGCUCUCGGACAAGAUGUACCUGUUCCACCUGCGCGAGCUGUUCUGGUCCGAGCUGGCCUACCCGCGCGCCCAGCAGCUGGACGCACACGUGCCGCUCGAGCGCGCCUUCCACGUGGCCGCGAUAGCCGGUGACUACAUGGUGGUGUUUGGUGGUUAUACACAUCGUCACCAGCUAGAAAACAUAUGCUACGACCAUCAAAUAUUCUUCUACAAUCUGCGAUGUCACGCGUGGGUAAACCACGGCGUCCUGGAGAUAACAUCUGAUUGGUCCAGCUACCCGCUGGCCGUUCGGGUCCAGCUACCCGCUGUCGUCGGUCUGUUCGGCGCCAGUGGUGCGGUGCGGGACGGCAGCACGCUGCUGCUGUUCGGCGGCUACCACGGCGCCGUGUCGGGCCGCCUGCUGGCCUACACGCUGCCCGACACGAUGGUGGCGCCGAGCAGCCGGCCGGCCGACCGCGACGUCAUGUGCGCCCGCCACGACACCCAGUCGUCGUGCACGGCCAACCCGGUGUGCGGCUGGUGCCCGGAGGGCCGCUGCUACGGCCGCGGCCAGGGCAGCAUCUGCACCAGCAACCUGCAGUCGUCGCCGUGCCCGGGCGUGUGCGCCGCGCUGCGCCAGUGCCAGGCGUGCGCCGUGCACGGCGCCGGCUGCGCCUGGUGCGUGCAGAGCGCCGCCUGCCACCGCGCUGACGGCGUGCCGGGCCUGUGCGGCGCCGGCUCGGAGACCCCCUCCGGCCUGGGCGGCUGGUGGGGCUCCAACGGCACCGAGGUGACGCGCCUGCAGGAGUGCCGCACGCGCGACUUCCGGCCGGGCCUGACGCUCACCAAGUACCACAACCCGGCGGACCUCGAGUGGCCCGAUGAGGUGAGCAUCAUCAACUCGACCAAGACGACGCUGCGUCUGUGGGCGGAGGCGGCCGGCCAGGAGCGCGGCCUGGUGACGGCGCGGCUCCGCGGCUACGUGCACCCGCUGGGCAGCCGGCCCAAGACGGACCCGUACCUGCGCCUCUUCAUCACCACCAGCAGCCGGUCCAGUUCGCAGCUGCUCGUCUCCACCGACCGUAGCUGGCAGCGCAUGGAGACUGUGAGUCAGAACCGGGUGACCAAGCUGCAGACGGUGGAGGCGUUCCGCGGUGACCUGUCGCCGCUGUUCGGCGGCGACCGGUCGGCGGCGUACCUGCUUCAGCUGACGGUGACGCUGCCGCCGGCCGGACAGGCGGCGCCGCCGCCGCACGCCGACGUCCGGCUGGAGUGGAACGGCGCCUCCUCACAGAAACUGGAGUCGCUGACGUUUGAGUUCCUCGAGCCGUACUCGAACGGUUCGUGCGCGCGCCUCACCAGCUGCCUGGCGUGUUUGUCUGACGCCGCGUGCGGCUGGUGCGGCUGGCUGCCGGACGGGGCGCGGUGCGUACGCGCCGCGACGGGCGCGUUGGUGCGGCCUGCCGACUGCCCGCUGCCCUGCGACCGACGCGGCGACUGCGUCAGCUGCAUCAGCGCGCCCGGCAGCUGCUCCUGGUGCACCGAGACCAGGGAGUGCUUCCUGCUCUCCACGUACACGUCCCGGUUCCAGUUCUCGCAGUGCCGCCAGUGGGUGGACCGGGACCACCUGCGCGACACGGCCGAGCUGGCGGCGCCCGGCCUGCCGGAGCUGGCGCUCCGUCAGAUGCAGUGUCAGGCGUGUGGUGCCUUCCGUUCGUGCGCCGCCUGUCUGCGCGCGCUCGGCUGCGGCUGGUGCUACGACGCCGGCGAGCCGACGCGCGGCAUGUGCCGCGAGGGUGCGCUGGCGGCGCCGGCCGAUGGACAGGUGUGCCCGGCCAACCAGACGAGCUGGGCGUUCGUCGAGUGUCCGGACGUGGACGAGUGUCGGCUGGGCACGCACGACUGCCACGAGAACGCCACGUGCGCCAACACGCACGGCGCCUUCAACUGCACCUGCAACGUGGGCUUCACCGGCGACGGCCGCGACAGCUGUGAAAGGACGUGUGUGGAGGACUGUCGGCCGGGCCGGUGCUCGGGACCGCCGCACUACCGCUGCAACUGCGACCUGGGCUGGAGCGGCGCCGACUGCAGCGUCGACUGCGGCUGUCACAACCACUCCACCUGCUCCGGCGGGCCGGGCCUCUGCGACGCGUGCCAGCACCGCACCACCGGGCCCUACUGUCAUCUCUGCAGGUACACCCUUCCGUGCCAGCACCGCACCACCGGACCCCACUGCCAGCUCUGCAGCGUGGGCAGCUUCGGCAACGCCACCUCGUCGGCCGGCUGUCAGCCCUGCCACUGCAACGGCCACGGUGAUGUCGGCCUCAACGUCUGCGACGUCGCCACGGGCCGCUGCUUCUGCCAGGACAACACGGAGGGUGACGGCUGCGAGCGCUGCGCGCCCGGCUACUACGGAGACCCCCGGGACGCGGGCGUGUGCUACCGGGGCUGCGAGUCGCGCGGCGUGGCGCUGGCCGCCACCGAGGGCCACAUCGGCUGCCAGCGGCACCGACCGCCGGCCGGCCGCGGCCCGCCGCACGACACCCACUGCCUCUGGGUCAUCACCGUGUUCGACAGCCUCGACCACGCGCCCAUCUACGACAGUCUGCGCGAGACGCUGGAGCUGCGCGUGGGCCCGCUGCGACACGUGCCGUGCGACCGGAGCCACGUGUACGUGUACGACGGCCUGCCGGAGAGCGUGUCGACCAGCUCCCACUGGGACCGGCAGCAGCACGCGCUGGCGGUGCUGUGCGACGACACGGCGCCGCCCGGCGACGGCCUCACCGUGCUGCGCGCCACCUCAGGCUUCCUGACGGUGUACUUCGAGCAGCACUCGCCGUCGGAGGGCUUCAACGCCAGCUACCGUGUGCUGCGCUCCGGCCCCGGCUGCGCGCCGCACCCCUGUCCGGAGCGGAUCGUGCACGGCCGCUGCGACAUGCCGUACGGCCGUGUCGUCUGCGACCCAGGCUACGUGGGACCGCACUGUAACGUCACGGCGCUGCCCGGCCACGUGAUCUACACCGAGCUCUUCAACGAGAACCACGUGGAAGAGUCGCUCAAGUACCUGCAGACAGUGCUGCCGCGGUUCGGCCACACUCUCACGGCCGACCACUACAGCUCGCUCUGGCUGUUCGGCGGAUACUCGCUCUCCCGCGGCGCGCUCAACGACAUCCAGGAGUUCGAGACGCGCGGCAACACCUGGCAGCAGGUGACCGUGCAGUACCAGCCGUCCCGGCCGUACGUGCCCCGCGGACGCUUCUUCCACGCCGCCGCCUAUGUCGUCUCGCAGCGGGAGAUCUACAUAUACGGCGGCACCGACGGCAACGAGUUCCUACGCGACUGCUGGCGCUUCCACAUCAAGACCAAGAUGUGGAACGAAGUAAAGCUGCCGCCGCUGGCCGGCCACUCGCUGACGUACCGGCAGCGGGACGGGCUGCGGAGCCUGCUGCUGCUCGGCGGCUUCUCGCCGCAGCACGACUGGCUCGCCGACGUCUGGGAGUAUGACGUCACGCGCGGGGCGUGGCUGCGGCUCAACUGCACCGGCUCGGCACCCAUGGGCAUCUACGGCCACUCGGCGGCGUACCACGCUCCCACGGAUACGGUGUACGUAUUCGGCGGCGUGGUGGCACGGCGCGGGGCAGCCGUGGCCAGCGCCGCUCUCUUCAGCUUCCGCUACCAGCAGCGGUUCUGGAGCGUGCUGCCCGCCGACCGCGGUCUCAACCCUCUGCAGCGGCACAUGCCGGGCCACCGUCUCUUCCACACGGCCGUCACGGCCGACUACUACAUGCUGGUGAUGGGCGGCGCCGGCUCGGACGGCGACCUCUUCGCUUACCUGUACGCCUGCAACAUGUGGCUGAGGAUCAGCGACAAAGACCACGCCGUGUUCGGUCGCCUGCCGGCCGGCGUGGCUGGCCAGGCGGCCUCCCGGCUCCGCGGCGCAGUCUACCUGUUCGGCGGCUACCGGGGCCGCGUGGAGGCGCGUCUGCAGCGCAUCGAGCUUCCCGAUGACCUGUGCAAGCUGAACCUGCACAAGAACAAGUGCAAGGGCCAGUACGGCUGCAGCUACUGCCAGGUGACCGGCCCGGCCGCCAACAUCACCUACUGCUACACCAACAAGAAGCACCUGCCGUCCGUCUGCGAGAACCAGGUGGGCACGGUGGAGUUCUCGUCGCGCCACCGCGGCCGCUGCAACGCCUCCGUGGUGGAGUCGCGCAACUGUUCCGAGUACACCAGCUGCGACGCGUGUCUGGCCGAGUGGCCCCACUACCAGGGCGUGCACCGUGUCUGCGAGGCGGCCGACUGUCUGACCUGCGAGAACCUGAAGGGCUGCCUCUGGGACGCCCGGCCGGUCGUCUACAAUUUUCCGUCGUGGUGGCGGCCGACGGACGGCCGCUGUGUCAGCGCCCUCUCCGCGCCCGAGGUCAUGGGCGUGCGGCGCAACUGCGGCGUGCCGUGCGCGCUGCGCCAUGACUGCCGCACCUGUCUGGACGGCAACUGCUGGUGGAGCCAGCAGCUGGGACAGUGUCUGUGGCCGGGCUACCAGCCGCUGAUGUGUCUGGCGGGCGUGUGCGGCUCGCUGGUGACGAGCGCGGCGCAGUGUCCGCUCAGCUGCGAUCAGCACGCCACCUGCCAGUCCUGCCUGCAGCGGCCCGAGUGCGGCUGGUGUAACCUGGCGACGCCGCUGGGCGGCGCCGGCCUCUGCCGCGACGGCGGCCUGGAGCAGCCGCGCGACUCCUGCUACGUGCUCAACUACACGGUCGUGCCGGCUCAGCCGGUCGUCUCGUGGAACUACACGGCCUGCCCGGCCGAGAACGAGUGCGCCAACGGCCACCACACGUGCCACCCGGACUCGGAGGUCUGCGUCGACCAGCCGGUCGGCUUCACCUGCCAGUGCAGCAGCGGCUACGUGCUCAGCGGGGACACGUGCCGGCCGGUGUGCGAGCAGGGCUGCAAGCAGGGCACGUGCGUGGAGCCGAACCGGUGCCGGUGUGACUUCUCGUACGUGGGCGCCAGCUGCAGCCGGCGCUGCCAGUGCAACGGCCACUCGGACUGCGCCGGCGACGACCAGCUCGACGUCUGCCUCCAGUGUCACAACAACACCAUGGGCGACCAGUGCGAGAAGUGUCAGCCGUUCUUCGUGGGCGAGCCGAGCAAGGGCCCGUGCGUGUCAUGCCUGGACUACUGCAACGGCCACUCGGACACGUGCAUCGCCGCCGAGCUGGCCGCCCGCUACAACAUGACCGAGCUGCGCCAGAUGCCGCGCGGCUCCCUGAAGGCGCUGGUGACGGAGGGCGCGCGCCACGAGGCCGUCUGCCUCGACUGCAAGCACAACACCAACGGCAGCAUGUGCGAACUGUGCCAGCCGGGCUUCUUCCGUGGCAGCACCAGCGCCCUCAAACACUGCGUUCCGUGCCGGUGCCACGGCCACGGCACCAUGUGUGAUCCGGUGGACGGCGACAACUGCGACUGCCACAACAACACCGAGUCGGACGCCAGCUGCCGGCAGGAGGCCGGCAAGCGCGCCCAGCCCUGCUGGAAACUGCAGUGCGUCAAGUGUCGGGACAACUACCGCGGCCGCCCGACCGAUGGUCACCAGUGCUACCGGCAGAUGCAGGUGGACCUCGACUACUGCUUCGACCCAGCCAACCCAGAUCUCUGCGGCCGUUACGGCGAACUGCUCGAGGGCCGCACCGUCUUCUACGCCGCCCGGCCCAAGUACCUGAACGUGGACAUCCGGCUGUCGGUGGACGUGGUGGAGGGCGCCGUGGACGUGUACCUGACGGCGCACGAAGACGCGCUGCGCGUAAACGUCAACGGCUCCAGCGGCCGGCACCGGGUCGAGUUCGACCCGCGCUACGAGGGCGUGACGCCAGUCGGCGGCCGGCCCCGCCGCCGCGCCGACAACGCCACCGGCGCACCCCGACACCGGCUGCUGGCGCGCACGGCCGCCGACAUCAACACCUACAUCCGGCUGCCGGGGCAGCAGCACAUGCUGCUAGUGCGCAACCUGCACCGGCGGCUGACCGUGCAGCUGCCGCAGGACCGGUACGAGCUGCGCAGCACCACCUUCUUCGUGGCCCUGCUGAGCGUGGGCGACCGGCCCGCGCAGGGCACCGUGUUCUUUCGUCAGGAUCAGCCCAAGAUGAACAUGGCCGUCUUCUUCUCGGUGUUCUUCUCGUGUUUUUUCCUGUUUCUGGCGCUGUGCGUGUCGCUUUGGCGGCUGCGGCGGCUCUCGAGCCGGCGGCGCACGGUGCGCCGCCAGGAGGCGGAGAUGCGCAGCAUGCUGCCGGGCGGCGCGGCGGCGCCCACCCGACUCUGCCUGGGCUCCAGCCUGACGCUGCUCAACCGCGCCGGUCCGCACAACUCGCGUCUGGCCGAGCUGCUGCGCCGCUCUGGUCAGAACGCCUGA